GGCAUAUUAGUAAAUUCAGACCAAUAUUAACCUCUAGUCACUCUCCAGCGAUAUAUUGGCGCUCUCUGAAUUCCAGCACAUCACAAUAGUCGCGAUCGUCUCUCUCAGUUGAAUCUCUAGAUCAAUUCCGUUUCAUCAGCAUUUGCAGUACAAAAUGGAAUCUGGCAAACAAGGUGGAAUUCAGCUCUUGUUAGCUGCGGAACAAGAAGCCCAGAGCAUUGUCAAUGCUUCAAAGAAUGACAAAAUGACUAGGAUGAAACAGGCAAAAUUAGAGGCCGAGAAGGAUAUCAGUGAUUUCCGAGCACAAGUGGAAGCUGACUUUCAGAGAAAAGUCGCCGAGACGAGUGGAGACUCGGGUGCUAAUGUGAAUCGACUUGAAGUAGAGACCGAGGAAAAGAUCAAUACCCUUACGUCAGAGUCCUCCCGAAUCUCUACUGAAGUUGUGCAAAUGCUCAUGAGACAUGUGAUGAGCGUGAAGACCUAGAGUUAUGUUUCUCCGUUUCUUGUUGUGGCUCUUUUGGCUUAGCAUCCAUAUGCAGAUUGUUCCUUUUUUCCCUUUCCGUUCGCAGUUAAGCCUGUAACUCCUUGAGGUGAACGUGGUAUAUUGGCUUCCCCAUUUGAAUUGCGUCAAUAUUUCUUUUGAAAUUUGUCAAUUUGGUAAAUGAUGACGUGAGAAAAUAAAUAUGUUCUUUACUUCUUAUGAAUUUCAGAAUUGAUAUUUGUACUUGGUGAAAUGCUUUAUUGUAAACAACUACUUUAAGAAUAACAUUGACAACUUAUGUGCACCCAA